CCGUCUCUUACAGUUGCAUGCCGGGUAAACCAAGAUGGCGUGUGCGGGCUGUGUGGAGGAAUGAGACGGCUGACCGCUGACUGUUUCCCCGGUGAACCCGCACUCUCCGCGGCCUCACGAGUUUGAGCUGCCGGUGUCACUGAGCGAUGAGGAGCAGUGUGUUGUUGCCUCCAGGCGUCCUGGCUGUUGGACUAUGCUGUGUUUGUCCACUGGGUGGCGCCUCCUGAGACGAGCUCACCGCCUCCCUCCCUGCCCCCCCCGCUCCGCCACUCAGUCUGCUGCCAUGUACGCCACCCGCCUGUACAGCCCCGCGGGGGGAGGAGGAGGAGGUGGAGGGGGAGGAGGAGGAGGUGGAGGAGGAGGGGGGGUCAAACAGGGGCGGAGGGCGGGGCUGGCCAUGCUCGAGGCGCCCCACCCCCCUCACCCUCACCUCCCUCACCCGGCCCCCCCUCCCCAGGCCUACCCGUUGUACCAGGGCCGCCCCGACCCCCAUCGAGGAGCACACUUCCAUCACCACUACCACCCCCACCCGCAGCCCGCCCACCUGGCCCCGCCCCCGCUGCCCCCCCACUACCAGCACCACACACACUUCCACGCGUAUGGAGGCGGGGCUCCAGUCGGAGGGGGAGGGGCCGCCACCGCUGGCAGCAAGAAGAAGACGUGGAACUUCAUCCACGAAAAGAUGAGCUACGAUACGUUCUUCACCAUGAAGCGUCUGAUCGAGCGCUCGCGGCGUCCCGAUGAGGUUCUGCGUUGGGUCACCCAGAACCCGGCCAAGAUCUCCCACAACCACUACCCCGUCGCCCUGCAGAAGAUUGGACAGCUGCUGCAGGCUGCGCCGCCGCCACGAGGAGGGGUGGGCGACCCCGACGCCGCAGGAGGAGGAGCGGAGGGGGGAGACGGGCGUCAGAUCCUGGAGCAUCAGGACUUUCACACGCUCUGUAACGCCAUCGUCAACGACUGCGCCAAGUUCGACAACUUCAGCAUCGUCAACUGUCUGUACGCCGUGGCGGCGCUCGGUCUUCCCAGUGACUCACAGGUCGUCCAGGUGUUGGAGGCGGAGUCUCAGUCCAGACUGAACCAGUUCAACCAGAAGGAUGUGUCCAUGGUGUUCAGCUCCAGUAUGAAGCUCCACCCGGGCAGCCAGCACCCUCUGACCGAGGCCUGCCUAGCCGGCCUGGAGAAGAACCUGGAGAGAGAGCGCCACCCACAGACACUCUUCUUGCUGCUCUCCUACUACAGACUCAAGUGGCGCUCGCUGCAGGAACCUGCUGUUGCUACAGGGGGCGCUAACGCCGCCGCAGCUAACAGUAACAGCACUACUCCAAACCCUGAACAGCUGCUCGCCAACAGGAAGAUCUUACGUCUGGUCAAACACACGCUGGCGAGUGUCAGUGGCGUCCGUGACCAGGAGAUGGCGCUGUUGGAUGAGAUGCUGGCGGCGUGCGCUCGGGAGGCGAGCAACAAGAGUCUGGAGCUGAUCUUCAGCUCUCACCUGUUCUACCAAAACAGACAGGAGAGGUUCAUCAGCAGUCUGGCAGAGGAUUUGCCGAAGAAGGUGGACAGCAUCACUCCGUACACCAUGGCUCUGAUCGCCAAAUACAUCGCUCGCCAUCGGCUGAGAGAGACGCGGCUGCUCGACACCAUCGCGGACUUCCUGGUGAAGAAGGCAGAGUACCUGGACAGCAAGGUGAUCCAGAAGCUGGUGUUCCCGUUCAGCAGGAUGAGUUACCGUCCGUCCAACGAGCAGCAGUUCUUCUCUCGGCUAGAGGAGGUGGUGGAGCUGAAGGCGCUCAGUUCGCCGCUCGCCACCGUCAACAUCCUCAUGUCUCUGUUCCAGCUGGGACAUUUCCCCGGCCUGGUGCUGCACCGAGUCUUCUCCUCCGCCUUCAUCAUCAACGUCACCAACAGUCCGUACGCGCUCAUCGUCCGCCGCUACCUCUCUCUGCUGGAUGCUGCUGUGGAGCUUGAGUACCGCGAGUACUCUGGACCGCGACUGCAGGACGCCCACAAGGUCCUGAUGUUUGACCACGCCCUGACUGCUGAUGAGGUCAACCGCAAGUACAGUUAUAAAGGUCUGGUGGCGGAGGCACUGAGACAGCUGGUUGGAGAACAGAACUACAAACAAGACGAAGUACUCCCUCCAGGAUACUACACAGACUUUGUGCUGUGGAUGGACAGUUCUGGUCGGGUCCUACCCAUCAGGACCGGAGUGUCACUCAGCCUUGUUCCUCCGUCCUGCGUUGCGUCGGCGUCUAAACCGGCUGACAGUGCGGUUGCUGUCGUGACCUCAGAGUUUCAGAAGUUCUCUCCGUUUGCGGCGCUGGAGGAGGGCGCCGAGCACGUGGGCGAGGCCAUGGAGCCCAGGACCUUCUUACCCCACCACAUCCGUGUUACGCCAGGGGGGACAGCGCCUCCGGGGCCCUCGCGGCCUGGGACUAACGGCGGCCCCUUGGAAUACGGCCCCUACUACGUCCCCGCGGCGGAGUACUACUCCAGUCUGGCAAAGGAGCACUCUCUGGAGAGCCAGGACAGCUCCACACUCAGCAGCCCCCCCUCUGACAGCCUGGCCCAGCCCGGGACCCAGGGGCCUGCAGGGGCUGCGGCCCCGGACUCACUGUUCCAGUUCUCCAUCGGGAAGAUCCUGGAGGAUGAGGGGGGGGCGGGGGGCCAGGGGACGGACUGUGAGCUGCCCAGAUUCUAUGAGGGCGUGGCGUACUCCGAGGGGUCCGGGGCCGACAGGGGGCCCCCGUCGCCGCCACAACUCCACCCCCCCAACAGACCCGACACAGACAACCCCCCAACAGACCAGAGACAGAUCCGGAGGGUCAUCAUGUCCGUCAACGAUAAGUGGCACUACUGCCACAACUCCGAGGUCCUGGUGGGGUCCCGGGCCAUGAGGGACCGCCACCUCAGACUGCUGGGAUACAUCAUCCUCCAGCUGCCGUACCACGAGCUGGAGAAGCUGAACGGGAUCGAGGAGGUGAAGCAGUACCUGCACAAGAAGCUGCUGGACGUCCCGCUAUGACUGUGUGUGUGUGUGUGUGUGUGUGUGUGUGUGUGUGUGUGUGUGUGUGUGUGUGUGGGGUGAGGGGGGGAGGGGCUUUGGGUUCAGAGGUCAGUCAGACUUUAGGGAGGAAAAGAACAACCACAUCCUCACGUUUAUUACAGCUGCAACUAUCAAUUAUUGAUCAAUCAGUUGGAUAAUUCUGCCUUUAUUAAUCAAUCAGUCUGCACAGCCUCACAGAAAGUGAUCAGUUAAUCAGUAAUAAAAAUGUUGAGCAGUAGCAGCUGUAUGUUGACGUGCAGGUCCCAUCAGGCUGUGCGGCUUUUAAAGGAGCCUCCCGCUGAUUUCCAGAGUCAUUUAAUAGGUGGUUUCCCUGUGGCGCUCUGGUGCGUUGAGGAACCUGUGUUCUUGAACGCACCGUCAGGGCCUGUUCUUGACCAUCAGCUGACGGGUCCUUUAAGGCGUGGUCAGGCUGUGCUCUGAUUGGUCGCGGUGUGGAUGAACAAACAUUGUAUCUUUUAGGGGGGGUUGUGGGGGGGUGAGUCCCUUUUUAUAAAGUUUGGUAACCAUGGUAACGAGGAUGAUGCAUGUGGGGGACUCUGUUUUUCGGGCGUUACUGUUUUAUAAAAUCAGACUCAGACGAUCGGGGAGGAGGGGGGGGUCUGUAGUGAGAGCAGGGGCUGAUGGGUACUGUAGUUCUCUGUGAGUGUGUGCCAAAGGCUUCAGGAUGAUGUGUGGGUGAUUAACGGGGUCAAAGGUCAGAUUAUUUAUUUGUGUAUCAGCAGACGGACGAACGGACGGAUGUUUGAGGAAGGAAAGAAGCUUGUUUAUAUUCUACAAAUCUAUUCAUUCAAAUGUUAUAAAAGCUCAAAUCCAA